GUGGCUGUGGAUCUGGGAGAGAGAGAGAGAUUAAAGUGUGAGUGACAUUUUCAGCUGUCCACACCCAAAUCUCUGGAAAAUUCCUUGAGUUUUCAGUCUGCUGCUGAGCGAGACAGGAACAAGCUGCAGCAGCACCAGAAGAAAACGCAGAUUAGCAAAUCUUAGAUGUUGUUUUCGAUUUCUAACUUUAGAUUCUUAUUUCAUAAUCUUGGAAUGUGCCGCACUGCCUCUCUAACAUUGUGGACUUGAUGUACUGUGGGCACCGAAGGAGAAAAACUGCUGCUGCGCUUUCCAACAAAAACACAUGUGAAGCCAGUGCUGGGGAAGAAGCCCGACUACGGUCCUGUUUGGAACCAUCCUGUUGUCUCUGCUCGUCCGUCACCCUGGGGAAAGCAACAGUCCUCCAACCUCGUCCCUCCUCUUCCUCAACUUCAUUGACUAUUACAGCAUUGCAUCGUACCCUGAACUCAGUUAUCGGGUGGAAAAGGUUGCGGAUCGGCGGGUCGCCUGUCAUGCACAUUAAGACCACUAAAUGUAACCGGUUCUGCCUGGUGGCCUCGGUGACCAACCGGGAAUUGUUCCACCACUCUGAGGUGCAGGCUGACUUUGAGGCCUUGUUCCGUUCAUUCGACUCGGAAGUGCAGUUCCAGUACUUCAAGUCGUUUCGGCGGAUCAGGAUCAGUUUCAGAGAUGCUCUGGCUGCAGCGGAGGCGAGACUCCGACUACAUAAGACGGACUUCAACGGCAAAGAAAUGAGACUUUACUUCGCUCAGUCUGUUCACAUAGGGAGUCCUCGUCUGGAGCCUCCCAAGCCAGAGAAGCAGUUCCUGAUCUCACCUCCUGCUUCCCCUCCAGUCGGCUGGGAACAGUCUCAGGACGCCACACCGGUCAUCAACUAUGACCUGCUUUGUGCCAUCUCUAAACUGGGGCCAGGGGGGAAGUACGAGCUUCACACGGCAACACCAACCACUCCCAGCGUGGUCGUCCAUGUGUGUGACGACGAACGCGGUGACAGCUCAGCACCCGAUGACAGCGACCAGGAUGACAAGCCCCGCCCACCACGACCAAAGAUCAUUCAGACUCGACGGCCUGACUACACACCUAGAGUUGAGCAGUGAGCGGUGCUUACAGGGGAAUCUGUACUGUGUCAGCGUCUCCAGCGAUCAGGAGCUGAACAUGCUCGCAGAGAUUUGGAUAAAGCUGUGAGGCUGUGAGAAGGCGUCUGUGGGUGCUGCAGUAUCCAGCUGAAGCAAAUGAUUAGAAGUGCAUGCUGCAUUUGUGUCGCGUUCGACAGACCGAAGAGGGAAAUGGUUUAAAUGGACUUACUGUACAACUGUUGAUAUCUGCUCUGGUGCUCCAUUUGUCUGUUAUUAAGGUGUGAAGCAACCCGCUUCAGCUUUUUCACAUUUUAGUGGCUUGUGUGCUCACUAGCAUGAAGUCCUGACAGUGUCCAUUGCUCUGCACUGUCGUCUGAUGUAUCUGCUUGGCCUAAACAAAGCUGGCCUCCUGCUGUCUUACAGUCUUUGCUGCGACUCAGUUUUCCAAAAAAAGCAGUUUUGCACCCAGUUCCUGGAAUUCUCUUCAAAGUAGUGUUUGAAGUUUGCUACAUUCUGUGUGUGUUUUGGUUGUCUCAUAGCAAACAGCUGUUAUUAAAGGCACCCACACAGGAAGUGAUUUGUAGUGACAGAGACCUUCAGGCAACAACUGUCAAGAUGGCUGCUGGUGACGUGAAGUUUGGAGUUAACCCUCGAGAACCUGAAUGUCUGCAGGCCACUGGCUCUCAACAACACAGUGAUCACAUCCUGCGUGGACGCCCGUUUACUCUUUGACUUAAAAUCCAACAAAUGUUUAUCUGUUACUUUAGAAUGCCACACUUACCUGUUAGUGUCACUGACCAUGUCGUGCUGUCAUUAAAAAACAACCAGAUGACUCUUUUUGCCAUGUGGGCUUUAAAUAGUAUUCUGAAAAAUGUCUUUCUGCCAAUGUGUGCGAGUGCUGCUGUUCAACCAGUGACUCAGGGCCCAAACAAGCUGCCGGUUACUUUGGGGCACAUCCAGCUCAUGUCCUGAGGCUUUUACUAUGAAGCAGGAUGGUCAAGAUAACAAUCCAGGCCAUCUCAGGGUUAACCCUAGAUUUUCUUUACUUUGAUGGUGCAGUAAGACGUGGUAUAUAUCCACUGCCUACCUGGCCAUGUACCCAUGGUAACUAACCUCUUAUAAAAAGAGGUUAUGAUAGAGAUCGCAGAUCACCACCUACUUACCAAUCUGUGCGGUCCCUCAGACCUCUGUGUGUGGAUACUGGGAGGGUCUAAAUUAUUUUUUAGUGUAUGAAGUCUGUUUUUCCCUGAUGUGUGUGAGGCGCACAUAAGGAUGUUUCUACAUGUUCGCUGCAAGCAAUUAAAAAACGGUUUCAUUGUUCUGUAAGGAUUAGUGUAUGAUCCCAAAAUGGAGCUCCUUGUUGUACUCGCUCAGUUUGUAUCGAAUCUACAUUUGAAUUCUGCUCUUAUAUUUAUUCUUUACUCUCCCUGUCAGGCUGCAGCUGAUACAAUAAAAACUCUUUCAAACACACAUUUCAUUACAUUAUAAUCCAUCAGAUUCUCAGAUGUCUUAAUGAUAGAGUUGUGAUAUUGAGAAGUUUGAUAACUUACACAGUCAGCAGUUUGGGCAGCUUUCCUUCCUGGUUUCAAAUAGGCUAAACUUUAUUCAUAUAAUUUUAAUACUAAGGUAGUGUACAGCAGCUCUGUUACUGUAUGUGUUUAACUACUUAUAUUUUUAUCUUCCUUUUUAACACUCAGCUGUAAUAGACUGAUGGGGACUGUGGUCACGCUGCCGAGUGGACAGGCCCAAGUUUGUGAACUCAAGAAUGAGGCGACACAGGUUUUUGAAAUUGAUACCAUAGGAGGCCGAGGGGUAGCACUGUAAAAUCAGCUGCUCUGCUGGCUGUUCACGUACCUCGUUUGACUGGGCAACACCAUCCCUUUCAUGUGAUAGUGCAGGGAAAUCCUGGGUUAACCAGCGAUGGGAGGUUUUAUCCUGAUUUCAGAUAUUCCAGUAAGAGAAUAAAGGAUGGGAUAUACUGGACUUGCUUUGUAGUACAGGGCUCUGUUGUGUUUUCAAAGAUGUACUAACUGCUGUGUUGCUGUUGCAUCAGUAGGGUUACAGCAAUUUCCAACUAAUUGUUGUUUGAUUUCAAAUUAGUGAAAGCGUUUGCAAUGUUGCAGCUGUGAACGUGGCAUCAUUGUCACCCUGCCGGUAUGGGCUGGCAGACGUCGGGGACACUGAAGUAUUCACUGACUGAACGAAGCGAGAUGGCUUGUUUCACAUUGAUACCAUAAGUGUAUCUACUAGGAGGCUAAGGGGCAGCACUGGCUAUUUGUUUAAUAUGUCUGCAUUUCUGAAGUUUUUAUAAGACUAGCUUAGCUUUUUCUGCUAUAUAGUCCUCAGCUGCAGAUGUUCAAACGCUGUGUCUCAAAUCUGUGUACCUAAUUCAUAACACAGGACUGUCACCUCUACAUGAACAUUUCAGAACUGGACUGAUGCUAUAUAUCCCAGUUUAACUCUGUAUAAUAGGAAUCACAACAUACUUGUUUGUUUCAGCCUGUAAAUGUAACUUUAGGGCGACGUGACACUUUGUGAUACUGAAGGAGAAUCUAAAAAUGAACACGCACCUGAAAACGUGUCUGUCUUUGCAGUCGAGCAUCUUAACGGGCUGUAACUGCACCGUUAGUCCGGUUCUUUUGUUUCCCUUUCAUUUAGACACAAUUGGACACUGUGGUAGUUUGGCUACUUUUUUUCUUUUUUACUAGAAUUUUAUUAUUUUUGAAAUAAUAAGUUACCAUGAAUAAAUAUUUCACCAUCUAAUUC